AUGUGUCGACAUCAGUCAUCAGCGGUUAUAGACGUGAACACCAAUUCCAACUUCAAGGAGGUCGUCACAAAACAUACCGAAAUUGAUGUGACAAUCGACUUCGAGCGAACUGUGCUCGUCGGGUCAACAAUCAUUAUUUUCGAAUCAAGACUGGCGAGUCUGACUGAAAUCACUCUUGAUACCAGCUAUUUAAUCGUGAGACAAGCUACCAUCAAUGGCACCCGAGUUUCUUGGGACUUGAAAGCCUCAAAAGACGCCAAUGGCAGCCCCCUUCAUAUCUACCUCGAUCGCGCCUACGAAAAUGGAGAGGCUUUCAAACUUGCCGGAGAGCCAGUCCACGCACGCUCCAUGUUCCCAUGCCAGGACACUCCAUCUAUCAAGACAACUUUCGACAUGACUAUUCGGUCCAUCUUACCAGUUGUCGCGAGUGGUAUUCCUGAAGAUGACCUAAUCUUCCCUCCCGUCCAGGAGCCCCUAGAGCUCAAGACCUACAAGUUCAAACAGGAGAUCCCAAUCUCUAAUUAUCUGUUCGCGGUGGCUAGCGGGAAUCUUGCGGGAGAGAAGAUUGGUCCUAAGAGCUAUGUUUACUGUGCGCCUGGCGAUCUUGAGGCCUGCAAGGCGGAGUUCAAACCCGAUUUGCAAGCCAUAAUUAAGUCUGCUGAGAACCUCAUCUUCGAGUAUCCAUGGCCGCUUUACAAUCUCGUUGUCCUGCCAAAGUCGUUUCACUUAGGAGGCAUGGAAAACCCAGUCUUCAACUUCUACAGCGCUACUGUUGUCUCGGGCGACCGUGAGAACAUUGGAGUCGUGGCCCACGAGUUCGCUCACAGCUACAGUGGAAACCUUGUCACUAAUGACGCCUGGGAGCACUUCUGGUUGAACGAAGGAUGGACUGUCUACAUAGAGCGUUGCAUCCUGCGAGACCUCCGCGGGGAAGAGGCAGUCCAGCUUGAAGCCAUCGUGGGAUGGCAAGAUCUGCUCUACAACAUUGAAGCUUAUGGUGGCAACGAAAGCGUGUUCACAAGUCUCGUUCUAGAAUUUCAGGGAAAGAGGCCUGACGACAUCAUGUCGAAGAUCUCCUACGAAAAAGGCUACACCUUUUUGUGUUUCCUGGAACAGCAGGUGGGGAGGGAGAAGUGGCACAAAUUUGUUCCUCACUACUUCAAGACUUUCUUCGGCAAAAGCGUCAACUCUCAGCAAUUCAAGAAUUGCGUUCUGGAGUUCUUCUCUCAGGACGUCUACGCCGCAGCUGCCCUUCACACAGUUGACUGGGAAACCUGGUAUCACAAACCCGGUGCACCGCCAAAGCCUAUGUUCGACUCCAGCCUCUACAGAGAUUGCAUUGAAUUAUGCGACAAGUGGAAGAUGCUUAGUUCGAACGAAAGCGCCUUUACGCCCUCGUCUAAGGAUGUUGAGGGCUGGACGGUUGGACAAUUGUUAGUCUUUCUCGACCUUCUGAUUGAAAGUUCCAGUCCUAUCCCCAAACAGUUCAGCCACGCACUGGGUUCACAGUAUGGUUUACUGUCCUCAGGGAAUCUGGAGGUAGUUAGUCGCUAUCUCCGUGUUGCACUGCGAGCAGGCGACGAAAGUGUCUUGAAGCAGACCGAAGAGGUUCUUAGCCAGACCGGCCGUAUGAAAUUCGUCAAGCCACUGUAA